UCUCCAUAUAAGCUCGCUGUUGCCGCUCAGUCUCCACUUGUGUUUUACUGUUGGACCAGUGAAGACAGAGGAAGCAGAAUGGCCAGAACCAAGCAGACCGCCCGGAAAUCCACCGGAGGAAAAGCUCCCAGGAAGCAGCUGGCUACCAAGGCUGCCCGCAAGAGCGCCCCGGCCACCGGCGGUGUGAAGAAGCCUCACCGUUACCGUCCCGGUACCGUGGCUCUGAGAGAGAUCCGUCGCUACCAGAAAUCCACGGAGCUGCUGAUCCGCAAGCUGCCCUUCCAGCGCCUCGUCAGAGAGAUCGCUCAGGACUUCAAGACCGAUCUGCGCUUUCAGAGCUCCGCUGUCAUGGCUCUGCAGGAGGCCAGCGAGGCUUACCUGGUCGGUCUCUUCGAGGACACCAACCUAAAAGCAGUGAUGUCUGGACGAGGCAAAGGAGGGAAAGGACUCGGUAAAGGAGGCGCUAAGCGUCACCGUAAAGUUCUCCGGGAUAACAUCCAGGGAAUCACCAAGCCCGCUAUCCGCCGUCUGGCUCGCCGCGGUGGAGUCAAGCGUAUCUCGGGUCUGAUCUACGAGGAGACUCGCGGUGUGUUGAAGGUGUUCUUGGAGAACGUCAUCCGUGAUGCCGUCACCUACACCGAGCACGCCAAGAGGAAGACGGUGACCGCCAUGGAUGUGGUGUACGCUCUGAAGAGGCAGGGCCGCACUCUGUACGGCUUCGGAGGUUAAAGUCAGCGAUGAUGCAGCAAAACAAAGGUCCUUUUCAGGGCCACACA